AUGCGUGAAGAUGAGUUCGCCGCGCCUUUGAGUGCAAAACAGCCGGCGGCGUUGCACUUUGAGGCUGGGCGACGUUAUCGAUGUAGCAUCUUCGCCGCCGUUGGCGGGGGGCCGGUUUCUCGGCUUACUCCUCAGUUUGGCGCAAAACAGUCAAAACAGUUCGGCGGUCACUGUAAUCUCGGCUUCAUCAGGUAUAUUCUUGGUGCCAAAAACUCUUAAAAUUUUAUGUCAUUUACUUUCUUAUUAGGUUUAGAAGUAUGACUCCACGAUUCUUUUCUGGUGAGCUUUUGGUUUCAUCCGCAGCCCUUCAUUAUUCUUGUUUCUUGCGUUUAAACUUUCUUAUCUCCCUCAUCAGCGUGACAAGAAAAACCUCUAAUCUGCAUGUCGUAACCGAUAUAACCGAUUAGCCGAUCGGUCAAGAUCUCAUGUCCUUCGACGCAAAAGGUUAACGGGACGGAGUCAAAGACGGAAAGCGAUUUGGCCUGUAAUUUGAGAAAGUCGGUGUUUUUGCAUAGGCGAAAAGGUUGCGCUUUUACGAGGUGGCAUAUUAUGGGGACAAAUCAGGGUCGGGGUGAUCGUAAAUGGGAAAUAAGGGCUCAAAAAUUCUCUGAGAGUGGAUGAGUUGGUCUCCAUGGUCUAACAAUCUUAGACUCGAGGCCAUGAUUAUCUCUUGAUAACAUCGUUGUAGACAUAAUAAAGCCGUUUACUUUUCCUUUGUCGCUUUUUCCUAUUAUGUAUAGAACUUGGCAACUUUCUCCCACUUGUCUGACCUUUCGAUCACGCCGCUUCCACCACCAUAUUCUUGCAAUCUGUUGUCCGUGACAAGGCCGUGGCCCAGGUGACGACCAUAAAUAUGGGGUUCGAAGCAAAACAAAUGUCUUUACGGGGAUCAUAUAAGGUGCAGAUAAGGGGAGGGAAGAGGAGCUGAUCAUUCGCCGGUCUCUGCGAUUCGCGCGGUUUCCGAGUGGGAUAUUCGGGGGUUGGGGUGUGAAAAGACCAAGCGGCGAAGAGAGCGAAAGCAGUUUCGGUGGGAGUGGUUACGGUAGAAUAGAUUUGUUUUUUUAUAUUCAUCAGCUGCAAAAAAGUUUUCCCAAAAUUCUUGAUCACUUAUUUGGAGAGUGGAUUACUGUUUCUGCGCCUUCUUUGAGCUUCAGUAAACCUUAAAACUUCUUGCAUACAGUUCCAAGAAAACUGUUAAUGAGUUAGCGUCCAAAUUUGAAAAUUACAGUCCGAAAGGGAAAGUUUCGAGUUUUCCAAGAACCGUUGUCCAUUUGUCUUUAUGGGUUUUUCCUCACCUUGCGCGGUGUCAAAAACGAUUUUUUUUGAAAAAGGCUCACUCAAAAAGCCAUCCAUUAAUCGGCGUUUUGCCAGACUUUUUUUGAAUCUCCGACUGUUUCAAAUAUGUUUAUCAUAUUGGCUUUCCUCAAGCUUUAUAUUCCUUUGUCAUUUUUAAGUUUACCUUGUCCAAAGAGCCGCUCGAAAUCCAUGUUUACAAUAUCGGUUAGGCAAUUCAGCGAUCCUGACGUCUUUAGGUUUGUGACAACCGCGUUUCGGCCACAAUCCCUUUGAAGCAGCUGUUUUUUGAAGGGUAUGUUGGUGUUUAUUGGCUCCAUUAAGCCAACUAGUGGUCUUGAGAGAUCAGCUAGCAUGUCGAACAUCCAUUUCUCUGUUAUUUCCGGAAUUUGCACUUAUUCGUCAUCUCCCAUUGUGUCAUCAUUUACUGGAGGGCACAAGUAGCGCUGAAUUGCAUAACAAGUCAUGUAAAUCUUUUAGAAAUAAUCUGACAGAAAACUAAUGUGGAUUUGUCGUAGUAAAAUGUCUCUCCUUGUCUCAGUCGUGCAAUAAAUAUCCAGCCGCGGCUAGCCGUCGCAACACGAUGAUGGCUGAUUCCAAGGCGCGCCGAAUCUACAUUAUUUUCCCGACGGACAGGUAUUGCACUUUUAUCGCCCAUUUCUCAGCCCAUUGGGAACUCGUUUUUUGCCAUGUCCGCAAAUUAAUGGCCCUUUGGUCGCUUAAUCAAGUACCGCUAGGAAAAAGAAACUUCUGCCAACAUGUCUUGCAGCCCCCUCUGGCAAAGAGUAAUGAGGUUUGGCAAAAAAUAUCAGGUAGGCCUGGCGUCUGUUUGGGAACAGUGAAGAGUGCUGUGAGUGAUCACGGUAUCCUCCGAUGGCAUCGGAAGAAACCGUAAUAUUUGGUUUACAUCAAUUGUAUUAUACAUAUAAAAAGUUGUUACCAUGGCACAGGUCCUCUGAGAUCCCUUUGAUUUUCCCGAUACAUAAUCUUAUGAGCGCUUCCCCACCGUAACAUCAGCCAAUCCGAACAUCACACACAUGACCCACAUUCACCACACGAAAUGUCUCAACGUACUCGAAUGUUUGACAAAAACCCUGCAAACAAGUCGAACUCCCUCUUCAUCCCCCUCGGAAAUCCCUCUCCACUCAUCGAUCUUGGAAUGGCGGCCCUCAGGUAGAGAGAAAUCAUAGCCGGAGGCGCUUGUGGCCGACGGAACCGCCGCUAAUUAAUCAUGUUGAAUGUGGCCGCCGAAAACGUUGGGGUGGCUUUUCGGGCCAAAAAAAAGGAGAUAAAAACCUGGUCCCGAUUGGUGUUAGUGAUAAAAAACUCGGCGUUUUUCAGUACAAACUUUUUUCGAACUUUAAAUUUGUUUUUGAGAGAGGUAUGGUAAAGAUCUUUGUUUUGGGGUAACGCCAAUAUAAGGACUAUGUGCAAUGAAUUUUGACCGAAAGCCAUGUUAAACGGGUUUUUACUGUACUACUCGCGGCAUAAAGUCCGUGGAAUUUGUACAGUGCGUUUUUACGUCUUUCUUUGAUUUUUCGCCCCGUCGCCGCGACUUCCCGUUUUGGCUCAAGCAACAUGUGUUUAUGCGCUAGAGGACAGCAAAUUUUGCGGGCAACGUCAGCGAAAAAAGUCUACAGACUUUCUGGCGCGAGUAGUACCUAUGAGACCGUCUUUUUCUAGUUCGAUCAGACCUUUUACGCCGACAUUUCGUCAAAAUCAAUAGAGUUUUGAGUUCGCUAUCUCUGGUUCAACCUUACUUUACCCUCUCCAUCCCCAGCAAAGCUAUCAAGCCACCUCUCGCCCAUAACUCUCCAGAUUCCCACAUAAAUGUCUAAAGUAGUGUUCGGCACGGGUCAAAACAUCCCGGGAUCGUUUUUCUCAUAGCGGCCGGAGCCGAAAAGUGGUCGUUUAAUGGGCGAGGGGCACACUGAUUGGUCGUGCGAUGAAAAAAAAAACAGAAACGGACCGGGUUUGCUCAAUGUGGUUUCAAUAACUUUCUGGCCAGGUUUUUCGAUCAAGGUGGCCCAGAUGUUAUCGUAGACCAAGGUGGAAAUGGCUAUAGUUUUUGAUUAUGGUGGGAUGAUUUUUAUUCGACACAACUUUAAACUGAUUUUGUUUCUGUUUUCGUCCUAUUCGGACUUACCACAUACGUAUAUAUACGUAUGUUCAACGCAUCCGUAGAUUUUCUUAUGUCAUGGAGACUCCUUGAUUUCGAACCCUAAUAAACGCUGGUUUUCUUUUUUGAUCUGCCCUGUCUACACAGCCCAUUAGGCUCAUUCAUCAAAGCGGUUUUUGGCCCUGGGGAAGAAGGAAGCCACGAGACCUCAAACAAAACCUUGAGCUGAUUGGCUUCCCCAGUGGCAUAUUUCUUCCGCUUUUUCAUAUCCUAACAGUAGCUGAUGCUUAAGACAAAUGUUAUCCAUGCAUUUUAUAAUUCUUUCUUUUGUCGCGGUUUAGUAACCACUUUGAGUGCUAAUUUUACUCUCAAUUUUUAGGAUGGACAACUUCAAAGUAGCCCUGGACAACGUUGAAGAAUGGCUUCGACGGAUGGUUGGGGUAUGCAAAUUCGCUCGAACCGCAUCGCCCGAGGUCUUUUGCUCGGCGCUGCCAAAUCACUGGAGGUCGAAUAAAAGUCUUCCUCAUCCAUUUACUGUCCUUAUUUUGUACCCGGUGCCCGAUGGAACAAAAGUCACGGUAUCUGCAGGGAAUGAAGAAAACUGCAGUCCGGACAUCAAGAAUAAUAUUGCCGAAGUGACACAGCAAAUGGCGAGGUUCACGGAUCUCCGAUUUGUGGGGAAAAGUGGACGUGGUAAGCCGAUGUUCGAGACCUUGCAAUUUUAACGCUUUUUAUUCUCAAAAUUUUAAAUUUUUCGAGUCAAAUAUUCUAUGAUAACUUUUCCAGGGAAGAACUUCAAUUUGAGCCUAACAAUUCAUACUUCGCCGUUGAAACAAGUCGUUAUGGUGAAUAAUAUUAUCAAGGUUACCGUGGAUGGUCCCAGAGAUUCGAGGAAUCCCAAUAGGAACUCCAUGAGUAAGUUUUAAAUGCCUUUCACCAUGAACCUGUUAAUUUCACACCCAAAAUUUACCAUUGACAUUAGAGCGUUGCUAAAUCUCUCCCUUGCAGAUGACCGAAAACGUCCCGGUGGUCCCCUCCAUGGUCUUGGAUUUCCCCCGUUCCUCAAGCAGCCCCGUCUUUUUCCUCCAUUCAUUCCCUCCAAUCUCCCGACCAUGGUCCCACAUUGCUCUACAGUCCCAUUUAACCCCGCAAUCCUUGAAUCAUUUGCCGCUGCAAUGGCUCUGUAUGGAGUUCAAAACAAUUCGAAUGCCAUGUUCAACUCGAAUCUCAAUUUCAAACCGGAUCUGAUUAAUCAAUGGGCCAGAUUGGGGCAUUUAAGCAACCCUUUGCAUGCGCUAAAUACCUUAGCCAAUGUUCAACAAUCCACUGAAAAGAAGGUGAUAAAGCGACAAGAAAGUGUGACACCAACAAGUUCAGCGAGUGAUCCCAAUGAAAGUGGCGAUAAACUGCCAAAGAGCCGAAGAACUCCAGAACUAAAAUUGGAGACGCAAAAAACAAAGGUGAGUAAUAAAUGAUUACUAUAUGUAUACGUAUAAUGGUUUACAAAACAAAGUGGCGUCGGGCAUGCUCGGGCCAACCCUUGCAAUACAUCAUCUUUUAGUACUGCAGGUGUCAUGUGCAAAAUUUUAUUCAAUGCGCGUAGUGUUGCGUUAGAGCAUACAUAUACAUAUUGGUAUAUAUAAUAUAUAUAUCCUAUAAAUAAUAUAUAAUUGUCUUAAAAGAUAUUUCAGAUUUCCGAGAACACCCAAGAAAUGAUCCACGUGGACGUGGAGACCACGGACGAUGAAUUCAAUCUCUCAACUGCCUCAACUACCUCAUCAUCGCUCAAUUCACACUCACCGGACGCUCAAAAGAAAGACUCAAAGAAUGCGGCCUCAUUAUGGAGACCGUUUUUGGAUACGGCUUUGAAAUCCACCUGA